UUUCUUUCUCUGCGAGUCAUCUAAUCGAUCAAAACUUUUAAGCAGCCGUGGCGUUCCUAACUAGAUUCAUCCCUACCACCACCAACAUCCUCCCCAGGAUCGUAAAGUACUCCUACGUGAGAACUCUUGCAACCAUGGUUUCCUCGCUCCCAUCUUUACCUUCUGUUCUAGGCACGGACCCAUCGUCCUGCAUUCUAGACGCGUUCCGCACUGCUAUUGCAAAACGUGUAUCGGACGCGCUCCCUCCCCUUACCAUCGACCAGGCCUACACCGGUGUCGACUAUGGAAAGAAGGGCGUCGAUUUCACAGUCGCCCUUCCGCGAUUCCGCCUGCCGGGCAAGCCUGACGAAUUAGCAAAAAAAGUCAUAUCAGAUUUCCAACCUGACGACUUCGUCUCGUCAAUUACCCACGAUAAACAAUUCCUCCAUUUCCAACUCAACACCACCUCCCUCAUUCGCGAAGUCCUCAACCAAAUACACACUCUCACAUACGACAGCCCCACAGGGAAGCCGUCGUACGGUACCAACACCUCUGGCGCAGGCAAAAAACUCGUGAUCGAGUACUCUUCGCCCAACAUCGCCAAGUCAUUUCACGUCGGACAUCUUCGGAGCACUAUCAUAGGCGCAUUUCUCGACAAUUUAUAUAAGGCAUGCGGAUGGGAGGUAGUAUCUCUAAAUUAUCUAGGUGAUUGGGGCACUCAAUUCGGCAUGAUCGCCACUGGAUUCGAAAAGUACGGCUCACAAGAGGACCUCGAAACCGACGCCAUCAAACAUCUAUAUGACGUUUACGUCAAAGUGUCCAAGGAUGCCGACUCGGAUCCAAACGUUAAAGUCGAGGCCGCCAAGUGGUUCAAGCGGAUGGAGGACGGCGACGAAUCGGCGCUUGCGAACUGGCGAGUGUGGCGGGAAAUGAGCGUCAAGAAGUAUAUCGAGGAAUAUGAACGACUUAACGUGUCGUUCAAAGUCUACACGGGGGAGAGCGAGGUUGGUAAGGAGUGGCAGGAUCGGGCUCUCGAGCGCCUUCAAGAGAUGGGUCUCAUCAGUGAUGUCGAGGGUGCCAAACUCGUCGAUCUUGAAAAAUGGAAACUCGGGAAGGCGGUACUCCGCAAAGCUAAUGGUACUUCCAUUUACCUCACUCGCGACCUCGGCGGUGCGAUAGAGCGAUGGGAGAGGUAUAAAUUUGACAAAAUGAUAUAUGUCGUCGCGUCGCAGCAAGACCUGCACCUGUCGCAGUUCUUCAAGAUGCUGUCCUUGAUGGAAUUCCCCUGGGCAGACCGCCUUGAACAUGUCAACUACGGCUUAGUGCUCGGCAUGAGCACUCGCAAGGGAACCGCAGUCUUCUUGGAUCAGAUCAUCCGCGAAGCUUCGUCUGUCAUGCACGAGCAGAUGAAGCGGAACGAGGUGAAGUACAGCAACAUUGAAGACCCUGAGAUGGUCGCUCGAGAAGUGGGAAUCACGGGAAUCAAGAUCCAGGACAUGGCUGCAAAGCGGAUCAAUAACUACACCUUCAACUGGGAUCGCAUGCUUUCCUUCGAAGGCGAUACCGGACCAUAUUUGCAAUACGCACAUGUCCGACUCACCUCUAUGGAACGGAAAAAUCCAGAGCUCAUCCCCCUGCCGCCUCCAUCUCAGAUCGACACUUCUUCUCUUACUUCCUCCCAACAUGCACGCGACAUCGCGAUCCUUUUAGGCUCUUACCCCGAUGUCGUGAAGACUGCAUUGAAGACGCACGAACCGAGUGGUGUAGUGACUUUCGCAUUCCGCCUUGCUCACGCGAUUUCAAGUGCCUGGGAGACGCUCAUUGUCAAAGGGGAAGAAGAUGCAGCUAAAGCUCGCGCGAGACUGUGGCUCUACCUUUGCGCGAGGGAUGUGUUGGGUGCUGCGAUGCGGCUUUUGAGUAUCAGGCCUCUGGAGAGGAUGUAGCGGGUGUUUCUCGUCCGCAGUCAAAUUGAUUGAUAUAGAAUACUUAUACAUGGAAGGUUGGGCAUACUGGCUUCGACAAUUCUUUUUUGUACUUGUAUAUGUAACGCCCUGCACAUAACUAACGUUCCAAGUGAAACAACUCAUUAAUCACAAA